AUGAAGGCUGCGAUUCUACUGUUUUGUCUUCUAGGAUCAACUCUGUCAUUACCGAUGCAGCUCAACCCUGCCCUGGUGCUUCCUCCUACCAAGCUUGUUCCAGAUCAGGAAACACCGCUAAACCAACAGCAGCCAAGUCAGGUCUUCUCUUCUUUAAGUCUAAUUCCUUUGACACAUAUGCUCACACUGGGGUCAGACUUGCAACUGCUAAAUCCUGCUGCAGGCGUGGCAUCUGGUGCACCGACCCUCCCACUGGCCCUGGGGGGACUGAAUGUACAGCAGCGGCUGCAACCACAAAUGUUACCAGUUAUUGUAGCACACUUUGGAGCCCAGGGUACUAUCCUAAGCUCAGAGGAAUUGCAAGGGACCUCUCAAAUCUUAACAGGCCUUAUCUUCCAUCCCUUGCUCGCUGGAGCCAUCCUGCCCACCAGUCAGACUAAUCCAGAUGCCCAGAAUGGAAUCCUUCCUGCAGGACAAGCAGGAGCAAAUCCUGCCACCCAGGGAACCCCAGAGGACCCCUUCUCAACCCCCAGUGGCACAGACGAUGACUUUGCAGCGACCACACCUGCUGGCAUCCAGAGGGGCAGGCAAACCACGGAGGAAACCCCCACGGCAUCACCCAAAGGUAGGUUCUCCCAGCCAGGAAGACCCCCCAGGACCAUGAAAGUCAUCUGUGGAGUGAGAGAGAAGGGUUCUUUGUCUUGCCUUGACAAAUACAGAUCCUAA